AGCUGUUUCAGAAUGUUCUCGUUGCUCUGUCAUCUCGCUUCAGCCUUUGUUGGCGCCCUUAUUCCCGUAUUUUAUUCCUACAAGACGAUAAAGAAACCUACUCAAAAGAUGCUUUCGUACUGGUCCAAGUACUGGGCAGUGUUUGGCUCGUUUCUCGCUGUGGACGCUGUGCUUGACUCGAUUUUCAUCAGCUACUUUAUCCCAUUCUAUGAAUUUGGAAAGCUUCUCUUUUUGCUUUGGGCUGUCAAUCCGUACACUGCAGGGGCGCAGUUUGUAUUCGAUAAGGUACUCGCACCAUUUAUAAAACGUCACGAAAAGAAGAUGGAUGUCUACGUUGAUACUAUGGUCGACAACGUCAUGACACAUGGUCCAGAAUUGGCUGUCGCGGCUGGAGUGACAGUGUGGAACAUCGCAAGGAACCUUCAUGCAUUAUCUCGUAUUAGGGCAGAUAGACUCGGCCGUGCUAUUAUGCAGAGCGAACAAACUGUGGCUAUUGAAGAGGUUCUGACCGACGAUGAGGUACAGAAAAGGCCGCCGCAAGCUGCUGCUCCUCCACCAGAACAAAAACCAGUGGAAGUCAAAGCUGAGCAGCAAGAUUCCGAUGACGAAGUUAUCUUCAUUAAUCCGCAUCAGCACGAGGAAGGACGCACUUCAAAGUCGUCAAUGUCGUCGAAAACGCCAAUGCCGACCAAACGGAGAAGAGGGCGUAGGCCAACAUCGAACGUGACUGCUCGAAGACAGAAAAUGAACAAAGGUGCUAAGAGAGGUAACCACGAUGACGAUGAAUUUGUACUUGAACGAAAUGAAGAUGAGCCUGUUGCCAUCAAUGUACCUAUUCGUCGCAGCAAUCGUGUAGCAAAGACGAUUCCAAAGAAACAACUCAUCAUUGUUGGAGAUGGUGUUUGCGAUGAAGAGUAAUCUUUUCUAGCUGUGAAUUUUCCUUCUGUACUGUACGUGUUUACUUCGCCUUCUAGUCAUAGUUACCGAUUUUUUGUACGAGGUGCUUUUGAUAUUAUUGACAUCACAAAUCUCUUCACUCCAAUGAUUGGUCGGGUCAACCUGGUUUGUGGAUACUUCACUAACUAUUACGAGUCGUUGUGCCUUGCUUUGCAUUGUUUGUGUUUUGCAUCUCUUUCAUGCAUUUCUGGCCUCUCUUACGUAGAUUGCUUUGGAAUUAUAUGGACUUGAAUGACCAGAU